AUGUUUAGGAGGAUUUCUUUUGCUCUCUGCAAUUCAUUGAAAUAUAAAGCUACACCUUUUCUAUCUCCUCCUUUAAAACUUCAGCCUAUGUUCAGCCAUUUCCCUCAUAGAUUGUUUGCGUCUUCUUUUCCUGAACAUCAAGUAUUAGGUAUGCCUUUAUUAUCUCCUACAAUGACUCAAGGAACAAUCGUGAAAUGGCUAAAGAAGGAAGGUGAAAAAGUAAAAGCAGGAGAAAUCAUGUUCGAAGUAGAAACAGAUAAAGCAACGUUAGGCUUUGAAGUUCAAGAUGAUGUAUAUUUAGCUAAAAUUUUAGAAGCUGAAGGAAGUGCAAAUCUAGCUCUUGGUCAUCCAGUGGCUAUUUUGGUCGAUAAUGCAACGGAUAUAGGCAAGUUUGCAAGCUAUUCAGCAAAAAGUGAAGACUCUAAACAGAAGACUGAAGAAGUGAAAAUUGAGAAAAAGGAUGAAGAGCAUCAUGAUGCAAGAAUGUCACCUGCUGCACACAAUUUAGUAUUAGCUAACCAUCUUGACCCUAGCAAGAUCAAGCCUAGUGGUCCUAAAGGGCUUUUACUGAAAAGUGAUGUUCUAUCAUUUAUAGACUCUCAUCCACCAAAAGAAGAAGUAAAAGAACAAAAGCCAGUCACUAUGGUAAAAACUGCAAAAACUGCACCAAUCCAACCACCAAGUACAGUAAGAGCCCCUCGGUUUUCAGUUACUGUAGAAUGCAGACUUGAUAAAAUCCAAAAAAUUCUCGGCCCAAAGGUCUCUUUGAAAUCCUUCAUAAUUAAAUGUGCAGCCCAAGCCUGCACUGAAGUCCCUGAAGCCAAUGGUCUAUUUUUUUCAGAGUUUUCAAGAAUUUUCAAUUACGUUGACAUUCAAAUCUCAAGUGCUGCUGAUGGAAAGCUCCAAACUUAUAUCGUAAAAGACGCUCACAGGAAAAGAGUUUCAGAAAUAGAGCAAGAUUUGGCAAAACCAGCAAAAAGUGAUCAUACUUUUGAAAUUAAUUUCCAACAAGGGGUCAAUGAAGUGCAAAACCCUAAUACUUCGGCACUUUUAAGUGUUGGAGGGAUUGAAAAAAGAGUCGUGCUAGGGGAAAGCGCUCCUGAGUAAUUUUUAUUUAGAGUUGGAGAGGUGGCAAAGUUCACUUUGAACUGCGAUCAUAGGAUUGUUGAUGGAGCUGUAGGAGCAAAAUGGUUGCAAAUUUUUAAAACAUACCUUACAAAUCCAAUAUCAUUGGUUUAA